AUGGUCGGGUUCAGCCAGGCACGAGACAUUCCAUCACUAAGCGGAAAAGUCUGUCUCGUCACCGGAGCAAACUCGGGGUUGGGUGAGGCAACUGUCACAGCGCUCGCCCAGCACGGCCCUGAGAAGAUCUAUCUUGCAGCUCGCUCUCAGGUUAGGGCCGAAGAAGCCCUGGAGCGCAUCAGAGCAACCUCUGCGGCGGCUCAAUCUGCCAACAUUAUAUUCCUGGAAUUAGACCUCUCCUCACUUGAAUCGGUCAAGACGGCGGCAGCUAGAGUCAAUGCUGAGGUUGAUCGCCUUGAUAUUGUUCACCUAAACGCCGGUGUGGCGUCAGUACCGGCCUCGCUCACAACAGAAGGAUACGAAGUGCAUUUUGGAACCAACUACAUAGGCCAUGCCUUGCUGACGCAAUUACUGAUGCCCAAAAUGCUGAAGACAGCGGCGUUACCUAAUGCCGAUGUUAGAAUUAUCUCUGUGUCAUCUUCGUACCACCGACUGGAGGGUACUAGCGACGGGAUCUCUUUUGACAAACUGAAGACAACCAUGGAGGGCACUGGCGGCGUUGUCUUGUACGCGCAAGCUACGCUGGCAAAGGUACUGUUCGCUCGUGAGCUUGCGAGACGGUACCCCGGCAUAACUUCGUUGUCAAUGCACCCAGGCAUAGUCAAGACUGAAAUCUGGAAAGGGAAGAAGGAUGCAGGGUUGUUGAUGCGGGCUUUUGUCCGUCCCAUAGUGAGCUUGAUCGGCGUUACCCCCGAGGAAGGCGUAAAGACACAGCUUUGGUGUACCGUUAGUAGGGACGUGAAGAACGGCGCAUAUUAUGAGCCCAUAGGAAAGGCAAAUAUGCGCGGAAAGUUUACGGAAGAUGAUAAAUUAGCAGGCGAGUUGUGGCGGUGGACUGAUAUGGAGCUGCUUGCACAUGGCGCACCUGGCUGGGCUAAAGCAUAA